AUGUCAACAAUGUGUUUCUUACAAACUUUUGUCAUUUUUUUGGUUAUUUCAUCGACACCGGGAUCAAUUAUCAGACAGGGCAUCACAUCAAUAUGCGACGAAAGUGACUUCCGAUGUUCAAAUGGUACGUGCAUCAGUGCCGAUUUAGUUUGCAAUAACUUUCACGAUUGCCCAGAUGGCGUUGAUGAAGAAUUUUGCAACACUAAGUUGGAAUCAUACGAGAUGGCAGUGAAAGCACGCCUAAGGCCGAAGAGACAAAUAGGGUGUCGUACAACCGAGUUCCAGUGUUUGGACCAAUCCUGCAUACCUGGCCAUGAGAAGUGCGAUGGGAAAUAUCACUGUAAAGACAAGAGUGAUGAAACUCAUGCACUGUGCAGGAAUAUGAAAUGUCGUUCAAACCUGUUCACUUGUAUGUAUGGGGCUGUGUUGAUAGUGAUGCAGCAUGCAACGACUUCGUUGACUGCGUAGACCGAUCUGACGAACUUCUUCCUAAAUGCGGGAACAAAAAGAGAAUUCAAAAUGGUCAAUUCACAUGUGCGGAUGGAACCAAGAUUCCUUCUUCAGAACUUUGCGAUGGAGCUGUAAAUUGUCCAGAUAUGUCUGACGAGGUGAUAGAAUCGUGCGCCGGCAUGCAGUGCCCGUCACACGUGUUCCAAUGCGCUUACGGUGCCUGCGUCGACCGGAAUUCAGAUUGUAAUGGAAAGAAGGAAUGUGCAGAUGGCUCAGAUGAACAUGAAGAGUUAUGUUAUAACCGAGCGAACACAAUCCCUGAUAUCACCUCCAGAUUUAAUGUCGAAAAAAAAUGCAAAUUGCCGCCUCGCCCUGAUUAUGGAACAUACGAGGUGAAUGAAUUACCAUCGUCUGCACUCCUUACCAUAACGUGUAACCCUGGCUAUGCCGUGGUUGGCGACAAUAAAGUCUACUGUAAUGAUGGACACUGGUCGGUAAAUGAGACUAAAUCACUUUGUGUUCGACAUUGUAAAUUAAACAGCCACCCAUCUGUAAAUUACCGCUGUUUACUGAGUGGGCAUAGUACGGGUACUCGUAUUUGUAACGAUCAAGAACCUGUGGGGACCAGCGUCGAGGUGCAUUGCAAACCCAACUACUUUUCCAGAAAUAGUUUGCUCAACAUGAAUUGUAAAGAUGGAGUAUGGGACCCUAUAGUCACGUGUGCCCCAGAAUGCGGUCGUUUAACUCCGAAGGGAAGUAGAUUGUCUAUAGGAGGACGGAAUGCCCUCAGUGGAGAAAUAUCUUGGCAUGCCGGUGUCUACAGGAAAAACGAUUCGGACUACGAGCAGAUCUGUGGAGGAUCGAUAUUAUCCGCCAAUUAUAUAAUCACAGCCGCGCAUUGUUUCUGGGAUAAGGAUACAAAAAAAAUCGAAAGCCCUGAUUUAUUUGCGGUAGCUGUCGACAAAUAUUACAGAAGUUGGGACAACAAAAAAGACACAGAGGCACAGAAAUUUGAUGUAGAAUUAAUAUCUACACCGGAGCUGUAUGAAGGUAAUUUGGGCAACCAGGAUAGGGAUAUUGCGCUAGUGAAAUUGAAGACUUCGAUAAUAUUCACAAAGUAUGUGAUGCCUAUAUGUCUCGAUUUUGGCGAAGUUUUUCAAGACAAACAAUUGCAGCCCGAUAAUAAAGGAAGAGUGGCUGGUUGGGGAUACACAUCACCAGAUGGGAAGAAGCCAGAAGUUCUAAAAAUCGUUGACUUGCCAUACUUGACUCUCCCACAGUGCAGGAUGAAGACUCCGGAUGAUUUCAGGGAAUUCCUUGGCACGGACAAAAUCUGUGCUGGUUUUGAUGACGGUACUGCAACACUGUGCGGUGGUGAUAGUGGGGGCAGCUUGGCGUUCCCAGAAAAUGAACGUGGUGUACUGCGGUAUUAUUUAAGAGGGAUUGUAUCCAGUGCACCUACAUCUAAGGAUAAUUCAAAAUGCAACCGUAAGGCGGUAAUUGCAUUUACCAAAAUAAACUCCUAUCAAAAUUUCAUUAUACGUCAUAUCAAUUUUUAA